AAUGGAGAAAAUCAAAAUCAAAAUCAAAAUUAAUCCUUAAUCUGUUAGCUUCAAAUCUUACUGUAAUAAGAACAUUGAAAUGGCAGAUGAAACGGCUAAAAUUUUGGUUGAAUUUUUGGAGGUAGCUAUUACAUCAAUAGUGUAUGUAAAAGGAAUUUACCCAACCGCCGCGUUCGAACGACGAAGGUAUCUAAACGUCGUCGUUCAAAGAGCUAAACAUCCAGAGCUCAGAGAUUAUAUUCACUCUGCUGUUACUUCUCUUCUUCCUUUCAUCCCAAAGGGAUUGGUGGAGAGAGUGGCGGUAGUGUUCUUUAAUAACGAUUGUGUUCCGGUGGAGAGGUUUAUAUUCAAGCUUACAGUGAGCCAAUCUAAUGGACUGACAGUUGAAGAGAGUGGGUUAGAAUUUUCUCUUAGAUCCUUCUUGAUGAAACUCUCCGUUUCAUCACCUCUUACUCAAGUUCUUCCUAAUGGUUGUAGGUGGGAGAUAAUAUCUUACUUUCGAGAGAUUCCGGAGAUUGGUACGAGUAAAGAUGCGGAGCUAUGGAUCCCGACGGAUACGAAGCAGUGGCAACAACCUCCACGAAUAACGCCGGUGAAGUCGAUGAGCAGUGAGCCUUUAUGUUUGCAAUUGUACGUGGAACAUCCUAGUGUCUCUGAACCCAAAUCUGAAGAAGAAAAUGCAGGCUGAUGUACUUGCAGGCAGGGUGAGCAUGUACGCUUACUAUCCUAUGCUCUAUCCUCAGCGACGCCUUCUAGUAGGCCAAGCUUAAGGAGCAAUUCUUUGUGGCAAUCGCUUGAAAAAACAUAAUACGCCCCGAGGAAUUCCUACCAGGAAACUUCCUGACUCAAUCAUCCCACUGGAAAGCAAGAUUCCAGCCGGUAAAAUUGUCGAAGAAAGUGGUCCGGUACUUGUAUCAUUUUAGCUAGUUUUUGCUACUUAGCAGCACUAUGUUGUGCUUUUUAUAAUUAAAAUUUAAUGUAUACACUUCACUUGACUAGUAAAUAUAUGUACAAGAGCUCAUAGAUUUUAAUCUAAA